AUGGCGUUCAAGGGACCAGAGUGUUCAAUCUGUUAUGAACGUUACAAUGACGAAAAAAAAUGUCCUCGGCUUCUGAGUUGUGGACACAGCUUUCGCUUUAGCUGCUUGGAGAGACUACUCCACGGUAACAGCAUUGAUUGUCCCAAAUGCAGACAUGCAGUCGCAGUUCCUACUGGAGUCCAAGGUCUGUUAAAGAAUUUUGCGUUAUUGGACAUCGUGAAGGAAGCACCCAAAGAGCAAGCUGGACAUACAGAACAUACAGGCACGCACGGUUGUGAGGCUUGUGAUGAGAAACACCCCGCGACUUUCUGUUGCUUGGAAUGCAACGAAAACUUGCAAAACUGCAGUUCAGUUUCAUAA